AUAUAAUAGAGAGACUCUUUAUCACUUGAACCAUGUUAAUGUGAUCCGGAUUACUACUGUAAAUAUUUUUCCAAAAAUGUUUUACCUCUAAUCAUCACAUCGAACGGGUACUAUAUAUAAACGAACCACAGGAAUCCUGUCAAAUCGGAAAAACUCAAAAAGGUUUAAAGCCCAAAGGUUUCAGAGUACAAAGGAAUCUGUGCCUUUUUGGUUAUCAAGAUUUUACAUAACUGAAUUGCCAAGAUUUCUAUUCCUUUAUAUACCAAUCUGUUUAAGGUAUCCUUGCAAAGCGAUUCCAAACAGAAAGCCCCUUUUUAUUAAUUUAAGCAAAAUAUAGAGAGUUGCAAAACAGAGUUUUUCCAUCAUGGCUGAAGAACAACAGAAGCUUUUGCUGGAUGAACACACAGAGAAGCAUUUCACUGCCGGAGAAAUUGUUCGUGACAUCAUCAUUGGCGUUUCUGAUGGGCUCACCGUCCCUUUUGCCCUGGCCGCCGGACUUUCUGGGGCUAACGCGUCAUCUUCAAUUAUACUCACCGCCGGUAUUGCCGAGGUUGCCGCCGGUGCCAUCUCUAUGGGACUUGGAGGUUAUCUAGCCGCAAAAAGUGAGGCUGAUCACUACAAUAAUGAAUUGAAGAGGGAAGAGGAAGAAAUCGUAGCUGUACCCGAUACAGAGGCCGCUGAGGUUGCAGAGAUCCUGUCGCAAUAUGGGGUUGGACAGCAUGAAUAUAUGCCUGUGGUGAAUGCUCUCAGGAAAAACCCAAAAGCCUGGGUUGAUUUCAUGAUGAAGUUUGAGCUAGGGCUGGAGAAGCCAGAUCCAAAAAGGGCACUUCAAAGUGCAUUUACCAUAGCCAUUUCCUAUAUCAUUGGUGGAUUGGUACCUCUUCUUCCCUAUAUGUUUAUCCCGGAGGCAACCAAGGCUGUUGUGGCGUCGAUCGCCGUCACUUUGAUAGCACUAUUUGUCUUUGGGUAUGCCAAAGGCCACUUUACUGGAAAUAAGCCAUUCAUGAGCGCUAUACAAACUGCAUUCAUCGGAGCCCUCGCUUCCGCUGCUGCUUUUGGCAUGGCCAAAGUUGUCCAAAGAUAGAGACUCUCUGCUCCCAGAUGCUCCCCAAAUCUUCUUAUCUGCGGUUGCUUGGCGUGCAUUAUCUCCCCAAAUCUUCUUAUCUGCGGUUGCUUGGCGUGCAUUAUGCUGUAAUUGAUGUCUUCCUCUUGGUGACCACAUUGUCAUAUCUUGAUGUUGUAUUGCUUAAAAACUCUUCUAAAAAAUUUAAUAAAUGCCCUGCUCAUAAUUUCUGCUGUGCCGAGUAUUCAAGGAAUACGGAAAGGAGAUCUAACCCUUUAUUCCAGUUAUUAUGUAUCAGCUUUAUUUCAUUAUUACCAAAACGAUGUUAUGGCAACGGUAAUUUGAUUGAAUUAGUAUUAUUCAUGUGAAAUGAUUGAUAUACGAUUACUUAAACCGAGGAUUUCACUAAAAAGAGGUCUAGGGUCUUCAAGCAGAGAGUCUAAAAGCAAAGCAUAUUUGCAGAAAAUCACAGGGAUGCAUAGUCAUAGAAAACACUUGCAUCGAUUUGGCAAAAUUAUCAUUAGCUCAUUAAGGACGGAUGACAUUAGGAAAAUAAAUGCCAAGAAUCCGCCACAAUCCCGCCUACGCGCGCGGAGAGCAUUUACAAUCAAGCUGGCUAUCAAGAAUUAAGAAAGCCCAAAAUGUCCAUGUUAUCUGAGGUAUCAACUUCUUUCAUGACAUCCUCGCUCUCAGCUCUCUUAUUCUGAUCAGAUUCUUGGGCGUGGAAGGUCGACUCAUAAUCACCCUCUUUGGUUUCUUCAGGCUCUGGUCGAGGGCUAGGUAGAAGGAAGUGAUCCAUCAUUAAGUCACCAUCAGAUAAAGAAUCAGGAAGAGCAAGAGGUGUAUGAUUCCCAACAGAAAGCAACUUCUCAUCCAUAAGUCCUGAACUGAAGUCAAUGUUCAUAAGGAGAUCUCUAAUCUCAUCUGAGAACUCAAAAUCCACAAUUUGUUGUAAAUCAGAAACCGCGGAGUUACUGGAAGGCUCCGAAGCUUCAUUCGCAGGAACCUGAUAGGGUACUAUCAUUCCAUCCUGCGGAACAGGCUCAUCACUAUCUUUCAUCUCAUCUGAGAACUCAAAAUCCAUAGGUUGUUCUAAAUCAGAAACAGGAGGGUCACUGGGAGGCUCUGAAGUUUCAUUUGAAGGAAGUUGAUAUGGUACUAUCAUUCCAUCCGAUGAAACAGGCUCAUAACUCUUCACAACUCGUGUAAAGGAUUUUUUACCAGGUUCGGCUGCACGCCAGUUGUUCUCUUUUGGCUGAAGCAACUGUAAGAAAAUUCCAGGGUUUUGCAUAGCCAGUACAAUAAAUGAAAGCAUUUCUUGCUGAUGCUUCUCCACACCUUUUAGCUGUUCUCUGAGGCGAAUCAACUUACUUUGAGAAGUCUUCUGGCGGUGCCUCAAUGUCAUCAGCUCUUGCAUGAGAACAUUCCUAUCGAUAGUCAAGCUUUCAACUUCCUUGAUGAGUGCAGCCAUACUAUCUUCUUUAGGUGCAUGUUGAUCCUUCUGCUGGGAGGGUCUCUUCUGCUCCUGGGCAGGAGUCUGUUUUCGUCUAAUGAUGUUCUUUAGAAGCUGUUUUUGACCUUUAACAAAAUCAUCAUUUGAAAACUCCCAACGAUCUGUAUCAGAUUUCCUGAAUCCCUAUAUACAGCAGAUACAAGUUAAAACGGGUCUGCUACAUUCUCUUUUGUUGAAAAAUAUAACAAAAGGUCCAACAUGUGUAUAAAAAGUAAUAACUUCACAAUGUCAAUUUCAAGGACACAUUCUUCCCCUAUGUUCCAAGUAAUCAAAUAGCUAGUUACUUGUAAAUUAAGCACAAAACAGCAGUUAUGCCCAUCUCAAACAAGAAAUACAACAUUUUCAGAUCCCUUGCCCGAGACGGUGUCUCAUAGGUACUGCCACAGAAGGCUCUGAGUAUAGGAAUCCUAUUAAACCCCCACCCGGAAUCAAGAAUUCUUCCACCAUCUACACCAAAACAUUAGAAACAGCAACCAUAACUUCACUGGAAAGUGCCAAAUUAUAGUAUUCGUCAUUCAAAAGGAAUGCCUUAACUUUGAUAGGACACUCUCAUCCAAUUCUAAAAACUAACCACAGAUAACUUCAAAAGAACGAAAACACAGCACAUCAAUAGAAAAAACGUUUUGAAACAUGGCUGUCUGAAGCAACUAUCACAUUAUAGCCUACAGGAAACAAUUUUCUUUGCUCACGCCAGAUACAAAAAUCUCAACGAACUCCAUUACAUUCUAUUUCAACCUUUACAGAGCAAAAACCCUUCAGCUCUCACAAUUUUCAAGCAAUGGAAAUUGAUUAACGUUCCAACCCACAAAAAGAUUGCAAACCAAAACAAGAAUUCCUCAGUCUUGGAAAUAGAUCACGAACGCUAAACAACCCGGCAACAGAAAACUCCAAUCUAUCCAAAACGAAUAAAGCAGAUAUGGAACCCUAAUACAAAGAAUUAGAAAUACAUAGAUAGAUUAUAUAAUUUGGGGGAAGGGGAGAAGUCUUACAUAGAUAUUGAGUUGCCGAAUAAAGCUGGAUAAAUUGCUGUGUUUGAAGUACUUGGGAAGCAAUUCAGAAGAGAAUCUAGAGACAUCCCAUAUGAUAAAGCUAUUACUAUGAGUUGGACUCCAAGAAAUCAACGAGUCAGUAGAUUCAUCAUCCACCAUCUCAUAGCACUUUACCAGAAAAGGAGCCACCGAUGAUCCAUUCUCCAACGAUCUCACCAUAAUCCAAUCCAACAAAAGGGAUUCCCACAAAAAACAAUAGAAAGACUAAAAUUCAAUUUUCGAGUGUUAUGAAUGAAUCAAGAACCUGGUUCAAUUUUAUCCCCCAAGAUUCAAUGGGCUUUUGAAUUGACCGACGUUGGUGAUGGAAGAAGGGGGAAGGAAAACAAAAAACAUCCAUCCAAGUGGGAACGUGGGGAGUUUUGCGAAAUGACAAUCGAGCCCUCGAUGUCGAUGGGGUCGGCAGAUGUCUUUGGGGCAAAGGAAGGAAGAAAGUGAUGAGUCUGGACGUCCACACAGCUUUCUGCUUCCUAGAAAUUUCGAAAUUGGGAAAAAGAGCAAAAGGUGGACAAACCUCUACCCGACCCCAUUGGUUAACAAUUUG